AUGUUCCAUAUCCCCGGUCUGUGUGCGGAGGAGGCCGUGGCCCAGGAGCAGACAGGUCAGGUGGAGGAGUGUCUGAAGGCCAACCUGUUGAAGAUCAAACAUGACUUGUGUAAGAAGGAGGUGCUGAACAUGUUGAAGGAGAGCAAGGCAGACGUCUUCGUUGAUCCCGUCCUCCACACGGCCUGUGCCCUUGACCUCAAACACCAGUGUGCUGCUGUCACGCCGGGCAGAGGACGACAGAUGUCAUGUCUACUGGAGUCGUUGCAGGAUAAGAAAGUCCGUCUGCAGCCAGAGUGUAAGAAGAGACUCCAGGACCGCAUGGACAUGUGGAGCUACGCUGCCAAGGUCGCUCCAGCAGAGGGUUUUUCAGACCUUGCCAUGCAGGUGAUGAUCUCCCCCUCUAAGAACUACAUCCUGUUUAUAAUCUCCUGGGGCUGGCUACUGUUGGACCUAAAACUGGCCCUGAACCUCCUCCUGAAGAAAGCUGUUGGACCUAAACUGGCCCUGAACCUCCUCCUGAAGAAAGCUGUUGGACCUAAACUGGCCCUGAACCUCCUCCUGAAGAAAGCUGUUGGACCUAAAACUGUCCCUGAACCUGAGUUUUUAUGA